UUUUCCAGUGGUUUUGAUUCUUUGCUAUCGGUUUUUCUUUUCUUUUGUUAGUGUUUUUUUUCAGUUAUUUGAUCUUUAGUUCACUUUUUUGCAAGUUUUAUUAGCUAUUCAGUUGAUUAUUCGUGAGUGCUUGGUCGGGUCUUAUUGCUUUGGCUAACUGCUGGUCUUGCUUGCUUCUUUUUUUUUUUCCCAGGUUUCUGGCUUUUUAUUUCGAUCCCCCCUUAUUAAGGGACUUGCCCCUGCCAGUUUGGCAAAUAUUAUAAAGUUGGAUCUUUUCCAGAAGGGCAAGUUGUAAAAUUAUGCAAAUCACAAGUGUUUAAUAUGGUGGCAAUUAAGAAUAAAUUAGGUAGGCUUCUACUACCGUUUGAGAAUCUAUCGAAACAAACCCGGAUUCUUCAAAUAUUUCGACUCUUCAGUGCUUUUUGCGCUUUGGUUUUCAUAAUAUUCACCAUGGUAUCUCCGUUCAUAAGUGAAAAGGCUUAUCUUGCCAGAAUCAACUGUGCCCAUCUUGAUGUUUCUUAUGGGUUAUAUAAAUCCUUGAGAAAUUCAGUUUCCCUAACUUCAACCAUCUUGGAUGAUUCCAAUACAAAUGCUUUCCCCGUUGAUUCCUCUUUAACUAACUCGGAGAUUUCCAUUCUUACCGAAUACGCUGAGUCGCAAGUUGCUUCUGCUCCCCAAUAUAUUAUAACCACUCUAUGGAGUUGGUGUUAUGGGAAUUAUAACACCACUCAAAUCACCGGUAAGGAUGGUCGUACUCGGUAUAUUCAUCAUGACGAUACUUUAAGUUGCUCUAAAGGUGGACCCAAUGGCGAUGGGUAUGUUUUUGAUUACCGUCAAGAAUUAGAAAGCAUUGGUUUAAAUAGUAUAUUGGCUUAUGCUUUCCAAACCACUAAAUAUGACGAUGAAUCUUAUUCUAAUUUGGUUCAAUCUAGACAUCAGAAAUAUCGAUUGGUGGUUCCUGCUCUUACUUUUGCCGGUGCUACUCAACUCAUUCUUUUGGUUUUAACCCUUAUUAUUUAUUCAAAUCGUAAAGGUGAACCGGAUUUGAGUAAAGUUCCAAGCUUCUUACUUCACAUAAUGGCUCUUAUUUCAAUGGCAUCCUUUUUAAGUUUGGGUGUUGGGUCAGGGAUUAUCACCAGAUUAUUGGUUUCAAUUCGUUCCGAAGUUAAAGGUAGUUUAGGGGACUUUGGUGUCUCGUUACAACUAGGUAAUGCUUGGUUUCUGUUACUUUGGUUUUGUUUUUCUUUUGGUCUUUUAUCAAUGCUUUCUUGGGUCUUCCCAUUAUGGUGUGCUAACCCUGUUGAUGAUUUAGAUGAUGAAACCUAUAAUUUCGAUUACGAAGAUAACUUUAAUCAUAAUCACCAUUAUGAAAAUCAACACCGUAGAAAAUCUUCUACUCAUUUUUUCACAAAUUUCGCUGAUAAUUCUGAUUUUGCUGCUCCAAAUUCCAAAAGUCGUAAAAGAAUGAGUGGUAUUCGUACCAUUGAUGAAAAUGAAGAUGAUGAUUUAAUAUCAAGAAAAAAUACUACAAAAACUCAUAGAAGUAGCAGAAGUAAUAGAAGUCAGAUCAUUCCUUCAGGUAUUGAAAAUGACCAAGGUGGAUUUGGUCCUUAUCAAGACCGGGAUGUUACUUCUUCUAAUAAUGAUGAAGAUGAUAAUCAUGAAGGCCGUAAUUCAUCAACU